CUCUAUUUAAAGGGUGUGUUUGUUUUGAGUAACUAACAACACUGACUAUCCUUUGUUUGAAGAACAAAAAAAAGAACAGCUAGUGAAGGAUAAAAGAAAUGGCAAUUCAUAUUCCGAGAGUGAAGUUGGGAAGCGAGGGACUUGAGGUUUCAAAGUUGGGGUUUGGGUGUAUGGGCUUUUCGGGUUUUUACAAUGAUCCGGUCUCAGACGAGGCCGGCAUUUCCAUCAUUAACCACGCUUUCGGAAGAGGAAUCACUUUCUUCGAUACAUCCGACGCAUAUGGAGACGGCCAUAACGAGACACUGGUCGGAAAGGCAUUGAAGCAUCUGCCACGGGAGAAUGUACAGCUGGCCUCAAAGUUCGGCAUUGUGAGCAUGGAUCCAGCUCGCUUCGCUGUCAAAGGCACGCCUGAAUACGUGCGUUCUUCUCUUGAGGCCAGCCUUAAACGUCUUGAUGUGGAUUACAUCGACCUUUACUAUAUUCACAGGAUUGACACCAACACUCCUAUUGAAGAUACUAUGGAAGAACUGAAGAAGUUGGUGGGAGAGGGAAAGAUAAAGUACAUUGGUUUGUCUGAAGCUAGCGCUGACACUAUAAGGCGGGCACAUGCUGUUCAUCCCAUUACUGCUAUACAAAUCGAGUGGUCGCUCUGGACUCGUGAUAUUGAGGAAGAAAUAGUUCCCCUUUGCAGGGAAUUAGGAAUUGGGAUUGUCCCGUACAGUCCUCUUGGUCGUGGUUUCUUUGCUGGCAAAACGAAUGGGGCUAUCGCUGAAAAUAGUUCUCUGGGAGUUUUCCCGAGGUUUCAAGGAGAAAACUUGGACAAAAAUAGGAUCCUAUAUUUGAAAUUUGAGAAGCUGGCUGAAAAGCAUGCAUGUACCGCCGCACAGCUCGCACUUGCUUGGGUGUUUCAUCAAGGGGAUGACGUUGUCCCUAUUCCCGGAACAACCAAGGUAAAAAAUCUCGACAGCAAUAUUGAAUCACUGAAGGUAAAACUGAAGGACGAAGAGGUGAAAGAAGUAACAGAGUUGUUCCCCAUGAAUGAAGUUGCAGGGGAUGCUUGGUUUGAUGGUAUCAAGGAAUUCAGUUGGAAACUUGCCAAUACACCUCCAAAGACCACCACCUAAUUCUCAUAACUAUUGUGUGCCGCUUUGAGUUUUUCUAAUGUUGCGCCUUAAUUUCUAAAUAAUUUGGUCCAAGUUAGUUCGUCCGUUCUGUGUUUGGGCACCCAAAUAAUGUUAUACAUGUUCC